AUGUCAUAUUCCCAAGCAAUUAGUUCACUUUCCAUGCAUCUUGCGGCCGCCAUGGCUCUUCUUGUAUUGGCCUCCUCUUCCUGUUCAACUACUGCUUCUCUGUCCAAUGAUGAAGUAGCGGCUCUGUUGAGAUGGAAAGCCAGCCUUCAAAACCAAAGCCAAUCUCUGCUUCCAUCAUGGGACGUUGGAAGCAACCAGUCUUAUUGUAAUUGGACUGGAAUUGCUUGCGACAACACUAGCAGCGUCGCCUACAUUAUCCUUAACAACGUAGGCUUGACAGGUACACUUCUCAGUUUUAGCUUCUCCUCCUUCCCCCAUCUUGUCCGAUUUGAGCUUCAUAACAAUUCAUUCUACGGAUCUGUUCCUGCACAGAUUGGUAAUCUUUCUAGACUCUAUUAUAUUGACUUUUCCAAAAAUCAUUUUACUGGAAAAGUUCCAUCAGAAUUAGGGAGCUUACGAAACCUACAAUGUCUCUAUCUUUCUGACAACAAGCUUUCAGGAACAAUUCCUCAAGAACUUGGGAUAUCAACUUUGGUUUGGGAUCUUCAGCUCUCAGGAAACAAUCUCACAGGCCCAAUUCCAACUUCAAUUUUGAAUUUAACCAACUUAACUAAUCUAUACCUUUUCAGUAACCAACUUUCCGGACCAAUCCCUCAAGAACUUGGCUUAUUAAGGUCUUUAAAGAAGCUCCGUUUGCCAUUGAACAAUCUUGUGGGUUCAAUCCCUCAUUCGUUAGGAAAUUUGAGUUCCCUUACUGAACUGGUCUUGUUCAAUAAUAGACUUAGUGGCCCUAUUCCUUCAGAAUUAGCAAACCUUACACAUUUACAGGCAUUCUUAAUAAACAAUAACAAGCUCACUGGUCAUCUACCUCAAAAUCUAUGCCUAGAUGGAUCACUCACAACACUUGGUGCAUCAAAGAACAAUUUAACAGGCAACAUCCCCAAAAGCUUGCGAAACUGCAAUAGCUUGAUUCGAGUUAGGCUUGAGAACAACCGAUUAGAGGGUAAUUUGCAGGAGGAGUUUGGUGUACUACCAAGCUUGGAUUACAUGGAUUUGAGUUAUAAUCGUUUCAGAGGCAAGCUUUCUGAAAAAUGGGGGCUGUCCAAGAAUUUGACUAAGCUAGUGAUCUCCAAUAAUCAACUCACUGGAAACAUACCGCCAGACCUUGCCGCAGCAACUAAGUUACACUUUCUUGACCUCUCUUCAAACCAUCUAGUAGGGGAGAUCCCAAAGAAUUUGAGGGAAUCGGGCUUACUAUUCCACCUUAAUUUGAGUAAUAACGAGCUUUCAGGCAAUAUCCCAACAGAAAUAUUUGGUACCCAAUCCAGGUUACAAAACCUUGAUCUAGCAGCAAACAACCUUACUGGUUCAAUUCCAAGGGAGAUAGCAAACUGUGAAAACUUACAAAACUUGAAUUUGGGUGAGAAUCGACUCGCAGGUGGUAUUCCUUUUGAGAUAGAAAAAUUACAAUUUCUUCAAAGCCUUGAUCUUGGGGACAACAAUUUAAUGGGUGAAAUACUAUCUCAGCUUGGGAAAAUGCCAAGGUUGGAGAAAUUGAAUCUCUCCCACAACAUGCUUUCUGGUUCCAUCCCUUCCUCUUUUGGUGAUCAGCCAACAAGUUUGAUAUCUAUUGAUAUAUCUUACAAUAACUUAAAAGGUCCUCUGCCAAACACCAAGGCUUUUGUAGAUGUUCCAUAUGAAGCAUACAGAGGUAACAACGGUUUGUGUGGCAAUCAGAAGGGUUUGAUACCCUGCUCAUCACCUGAAGUGAGGACAAAAACCAAACUUGUUCUUCUUGUGGUAGUUCCUCUGGUAGGGACUCUAUUUCUUUCACUUAUAGUUGUUGGGAUCUUUCAAUUUUUGAGAAAAAGAGUAAUAUUGAAAGCAGAAAGUGAGAUCCAAGUUGUACAAAAUGAAAAUUUAUUUGAAAUAUGGAGCUAUGAUGGGAAAAUAGUGUAUGAAAACAUCAUAGAAGCAACAGAGGACUUCAAUGAGAAAUAUUGCAUCGGACGAGGAGGAUAUGGCACUGUUUAUAAAACUAAGUUUUCAAGUGGUUUAGUUGUUGCAGUGAAGAAGACUCAUCCUUCCCAAGAUGGCAAUUUGGUUGAUUUAAAAAGCUUUAGGAGUGAGAUUCGUGCACUAAGAGAGACACAACAUCGUAACAUCAUAAAACUUUAUGGUUUUUGUUCAGAUUCACGUCGUUCAUUUUUAGUUUAUGAGUUCUUAAAAGGAGGUAGCUUGGAGAAUAAACUUAGGAAUGAGGAAGAAGCAUUGAGGUUUGAUUGGCACAAACGGAUGAAUACUAUCAAAGGUGUAGCGAGUGGUUUGUGUUAUAUGCACCAUGAAUGUUCAUGCUCAGUCAUCCAUAGAGAUAUAUCAAGUAAGAAUAUUUUGUUUGAUUCAGAAUGUGUUGCUCACAUAUCUGAUUUUGGCACUGCUAGACUCUUAAACCUCCACUCCUCCAAUUGGACUUUAUUUGCUGGGACCUUUGGAUAUGCUGCUCUAGAACUUGCUUAUACAAUGGAAGUGAAUGCAAAGUUGGAUGUUUAUAGUUUUGGGAUUUUAACAUUAGAGGUGUUAAUGGGAAAAAACCAAUGUGAUCUUAUCUCAUCUCUUUCCUCUUCGUGUUCCUCGUCUUUCUCAUCAUUGCCUUCUACUUUCUAUGGCAUAUUAUUGAAAGAUGUACUAGACAAUCGCCUCCCACCACCAGAGGAUCAAGUAGUAGAGGAAAUUGUGAUUACCACAAAGUUAGCACUGGCUUGUGUUAACACCGAUCCACAUCUUCAACCAUCUAUGAAGCAAGUUUCUGUGGAGCUAUCAAAACUGAGGCCAUUUUCAGAGAGUUCAUUCCACACAAUUACUUUAGGUCAACUCCUUGAUAUCAACUGUAUUUAG